CUUAGUACCUCCGUGGCUUUCAUGGUGGAGUGCACGAAAAUUGCCUAUUAUUACGUUGUUCAUUUUGAGUUAUCUAAGGUAAGUCAAGAUAGAGAGAUUGUAAAUUAUUGUCAUUUUCCAAAAGGUACAUUUCGCCAUUCAAAACACCCUCGUCUAAUAUAGAGUGUAUAGAACCUGCAAAGAACACGAAAUGGAUGGACAUUUUCUUUUUUACAAUCCUCUCACGCAAGAUUAUCGCUCUGCAACUGAAGGCGACCUAAUUUAAGUUCAUACCGAGUUUGAUUAAUUGCAAGUUAGGCAUUCCAGUUUCUUUAUUUCUUAAAUCAUCUUCAUGUUUGCAGCCAGAGAUUUUAAAGUUCUAUUUUAUUUAAGAAAAAAAAAUGAACUUAUCAUCAUUGUGACCUCAGUUCAAAGUCAUUAGAUUUCUAUGGUCUCCUUAAUAAGCUUUCGUGACCUUCAGCCCGAGCGGCUGUGAAGGAGACAACACAGAGGUAACUCUUAAGUUAACUGUAACAACCGUUUAAAAAAAAAUUGUGAGCAGUUUUAUUCGAUUUGUACCUGAAAUGAUGUUGGUUUAAUCUUGGCCGUGUUUUCAUCCAUAAUGUAAGAUUCUUGUCUUGCGUGAGAUAAGGAGUGUACAUUUCACCUGGAGACAAGCCAAAUUCAUAGUACCCGAGGUCAACUGGGCGAGCUUUUUUUACCGGGUAGCACGAAAGUUUUAUUGUUGGUUUUUACAUGGCGUCACUAAAAUUCAAACUAUCGAUCCCACAGAGAUUUCACUUUCAUGAUGUACUAGAGCAUCUGAAAAAAUUAUUCCUUCCAAUUCUCGCGUCAAAAUGGUUCUUGGUUUUGUGAUAAAAGUACGCUUGAAUUUCUAAGCUUUUGCGUGACGUGGCAUUUACAUGACGGCCGAGAGAGCUGUCAUGUAGGUUAAAAAAGUGACUUAUUUCGGGGGAAAUUUUCCUAUCUGAACAGUUCGUGUAUCAGAAAAAGUAUUAUUUUAAUGUUUAUUUGUUCCUCGAGGAUCUUGCAGAAAAGCUCGCUAACAGAUGUUUCUGUUGGUUUCCGUCUUCCAUCUUGGUGCCCAUCCGGAUGGGCCCCAGCAUGGCGUCUCCAUACAAAUCUCUAUAAAUUUGGGUAAAACAUUUCUUCGGAUAUCUCAUACACGAAAAACUCCUCUGACUCGAGUCUUGGCGAGGGUCUUUGCUUAUUUACCUCCAUUCAUUUCCCAGAUUCAGGACAUUGUCUAUUAAACGGUUUUGAUUUUUAUUUUGAUCUAUUUUGAAUGGCGUGACACUGAAAACCACCAAUAAAAUGAUCGUUGGAAACCGAGAGGGGCCGGAACUGAAAUAUUGCCCGCUCAGAGAUUUUUAAAAGCGGGAAACAGUUUCAUUGUUAAAUGUCAUGUGACCUCAAAGUAAACACCAAUGAGAGCACCUGUUGUUGGGAAAAAAUUUCCAGCUAUACCGUAUUUAUUCGAUUAAACGCCGUCCUCGAAUACACACCGCACCUAACCAGAAGAAUGUGGCGUUUACUCGAGGAUAAUAAGAAAAACCUCAGUACAACUUGGUAAUUUUACACCAUCCAGAAACUGACGAUUCUAUCUCAGCAAAAUAACAGUGACAAUGGAACCUUUAAAUUACAUAAUAUUUACAAACGAUUUACAAUAACUGUUGUCAUUGAUUGAAAAAAGGGAUUUCGAAAGAAACGCCGCCCUUGAAUAACGACGCAUUGGAAACGCUAAAAAUUAAAUAAACGCCGCGGCGUUUAAUCGAAUAAAUACGGUAUAACAAAUUCUUAUUACCAUGUUCCACUGUUUCAGUCAUUCAACCCUGCAUUUCCGCCUAAGGCCAAAUACAAAUUAGAUAUAUGAAUUUGUUAGACUGAAUGUUUACCAGUUCUCAAGGUCCUUGCAUGUCAUUAAAUUUGUGCAUUCAAUUGGUCAAUACUGAAGCUAUGCUGUCUAUGCUUUCCAUUAUCCAAAGCCGAACGGUCAGAGACCGGUGCAACUGUAAGAGGAAAAACGGAACGACAUUGUUCAAUUAAAGAAAAGGUUCCCAACGGAUAAAAAGGUUUCCAUUUAGGAUUCGACCAAAUUUUGACUACUUUUAAAGGAAUUGGGACUGGAAGCGGCAAGUUUUGGUCGGACACUAGGAACGGUCAAAGAGGAAUAUCUAAGGAGGAGGAUAACUUUUACCAGAAAAUUUGCCCAUGGACCGAAGCGUUCCAUUUCUAUUUCUACCGAAAUUUCAAGAAAUCUUGGCAUAAUGGAAAGCAUUCUAUCAGUUUUUCAAGUCACGAUAUAGCAAACUUGAGAAAAGAUGGUUCUUUUCUCGAUAAAAAAAAAAAGGAACUUUAUUGAGACUCUCUUCAACAGGGCUUUUCAGUCACAAUGUUAAUUAAAACACCGAAAAGAGAUUUGUAAGAUACGCAGAAGAGUAUUUUUGCUAAGAGCCUUGGGGUGUAUGAUAUAGUGAUGAAAUACUGAGUCGAAUGUUUAACACUCGGCUACAUCUCAGACAAUAUGAUUUUAGAAUAAGAAAUUAUAGGUACACUUAUUAAACCUUAACUUUUUUCCAAUACAUACUGACAUUACACGUUGCAAUAGACCCUUCUUCGGUUUUUUUAAACUUUUGACGUGGACGAAUAAGGAAAAUCCGUCGACACCAUUGGAAAUAGCUCCUUAAAAUAAACAAACUGCCCACUUUCAAGAUGAUACGUCUUAAGCGAGAGAAGAUAGCACCACAGAGUUUCGAAAAUUUACAUACGUUUGUACGGUGGGAAACAAGUUUGUGCACCCCACCAUACAAACGUCUGUAAAGUGUCGCGACUUGACGAGCCAUAUUUUUCACAAAGCACUUUCAAACUUGGCAAUUUUACUAAAUUUAAUGCGCUCUUUUCAGCGGAAUUGACGGAUUUUCUCUAAUUUGUCCAUGUCAAAAGUUGAAAAAAAAAAAAAAAAAAAAAACGCGGCAAGUUCGAUUUUUUUUUUAUAGGAUGCCUCGACAAGCUGAUCAACAUUUUGACGAUAUUUUGCGAUAUGUUGGCGAGUUUGGAUUAUGGCAGAAAUUUCUGUACUUCUCUUCCUGUUUUUUCGUCAUUGUAUCCAGCGCCAUACAAAUAGCUUCACUGGUCUUCGCUACUGGCACGCCUAAAUUUCAUUGCGUGACUCCCAAUGUCACGUGUGACGAGAACAAAUGCUGUGCCGAAUGUACAAGCUACGCUUUCGACCAGUCAUUUACUAGCACCGUGACUGAGGUGAGAAUUGGUUUCAUUUCUUGUUUUGUUACAGCAUCGGCGGUUUGGACUUGGAAACGAGGCGGACGAGUUCAGUUCUAAAUACGCCAUUUCCAUGGUGAUGACAGUCAACAGUAGUAUAGUAGGGACCGGCUAGACCCCUUUUUUGCGGAGGAAACUCAUUAAGUUACAGUGUAAUUCAUUUAGGACUUCAAGAUCCAACGACGCGACGGCAACGAGAACGUAAAAAAUAGGUUUAAUAAGCAAAACAACAACUGUACGCCUAAUUUCGUGUUUUAUGUAAAACGUAAACAAGCAACGACGAAAUGUUAUUUCUCCUUUUGAACUUGAAGGAUGACCAAGUAAGUGGGUAGGAACAAUCGCGAUUAAAACUGAAAGAACGCAAAUCCACUUUUUAAGCGACGUUCUCGUUGUCGUCGCGUCGUUGGAUCUUAGACUCCUUAUUAACGCACAUGACGUCGUAGCCUUUUGUAUUAAACUCAUUAAUAGAAUGCGGUGGAAUCUCAUUAGGAUUAAGUCAUUUGGUAUUUUUAGAUGGUUUAAGCGGAUUGACAGGUUUUAGAUGGAUGAUGUUAUAGCCUUUUUUGCCUUUGUCUUUAUCUCAUGAAUGAAAUGUGGUUAAUGUUAAGGAGACUCCUGCACAGGAAAUGUUAACGAGAUUCCUCCGCAAGAAAGGAGUUUAACCAGUCCCUACUAUAUUGCUCUCAACUGCCAGAGUUAAUAUAGUUUUUGCUUUCUUUAUGUAUUUCUUAAAUCCCAGUGAGAGUUCUUUAUAUGACGUCAUCAUUAUGCAUGAGCUUACUAUUAAUGAACAAGUUGCCUUGUUUUUUUUAAAAACACAUCUUUUGCUGUUUUUGUUAGAAAAUGUCCUUUUUAUCUUAUAUUUACUUUGUUGUUGUUUUAGUGGAACCUUAUAUGCCAAAAGGCGAACAUUGCUGCCACAGUGCAGUCGCUAUUUGUUGGAGGUAUGAUGGCAGGUUCUCUCUUUUUUGGAGCAGUAUCUGAUUUCUUUGGGCGAAGGUUCUGUCUAUUCUUAUGCAGUGCGCUGGCGGUAGGUUCAUCAAUUACAGUAUUGGAAUCUAUUUAUACUGAUAUUUAGGAUUACGUUUCAACUAAGUGCAACGAUCUAUUCUAGAGUACAGGAGCUCGUUACCUAGUUCAGAAAGUCAACUGUCGGAUGUAAAACAGUUUACAGUUAAUAUCAUAUUUUUCCUCAGUAAAUUUGAUGUAAAUCAAAUUUUUAGUGCCGUGAUAUACAGACAUUGUUUUCGGUGACAAAGCCCUGAAGCCGAUCUGAGAUAACAACAAUCUUGAACUGAAAGUGUUAAGAAUUUUACACUUUCUUUCUUACAGGAGACCCACCCUGCGAAUUUGGCGCCAUGGUGACCCCUGCCUCCCCCGCUUCGUGGUCAAUGUUGUUUAGUCGGGAACAAAAAUGUUCCGGCCACACUUCAACAUUGUUUUUUUUUGGAGGGGGGGAAUGGGGAAGUAUCUUGAGUGAACGGGGUUUAGAGGGAAGCAUUCUAAAAUUAGACACACAACAAGCAUUUUUCUUAACAUUUUUGUCCAAGAUUGAAGGUUGGCACAGUGACGAGAGCACUCGCUUCACACCGAUGUGGCCUGGGUUUGAAUAUCUGAGAUUACGCCAUUCCUCGUUUGGUUUUAUGUUCUCCCCAGAGAAAUAUUUCCCAAUUCCAAUUCGAUGGGCAAUUUCAAACCAAGAACCCGUAUGUCGUAGAUGCACUACCACAAAAUCUUUGUUUGUUUGUUUAUUUCAUCCUUAUUUCCUUCCUUCUGCUCCUUUCAUCCUUACAUCCGUUCGACCUUCGUUCCACCAUCCACUUAUUUGCUGGGAAGGUAUUCCAUGCUGCCAUGGAUGGUGGGCGCUUUCCAUUCACCAAAAAUUCCGGUUUGAAAUUUUGGAAAUUCCACGUUCCCCUUAGUGGAACUGUACAUACCGGAUGCACAGACGUGACCGAGACCACCGAGUGUUUGAUUCGCGCCAAACACAACACGAGAGCCAAAAUAAAACAAAAAUCUCCUGAAAAAUGGCUGACUCGUUAAUGAGUUCGCUACAAUGUCAUCCACCUGUGCUUGUUGAGCAUGAAUACAGCAACAAGACAGAUAAGUCUGCUGCUCGUCUUAAAAAUGGGGUAAACACCUGUUUCCAUAUCUCAAACCGCGCUUGGAUACCUUUUGAUGCCUAUACAAAGUAAUUUCAUGUAUAUACGAGUGAGCCUUGACAAUAGUGAUUAGGGUUAAGCACUAACGAUACCGACUAGGGUUAAGCACUGAAAAUACUGAUUAGGGUUAAUGGUUAGCUUCUAUUUAGGGUUAGGGUUUUCGCUAUGCUACUUAAAUCAAACCAAUCUGCUGCAUCGCAUCCUCGGUGGUCUAGUGGUUAGGAUGCGAGACUGCGGACCUGGGUAUGAAAGUUCUUUUUUCCUUUAAAAUUGAAGAGACUUGCACUUUGACAACAUUUGUUGAGCAGAAAGUCUGUGAGUUAAGAAACUCGGAAAUUUCAUAUAAGUGUAAGUGAAAAGGGAGAGGGCGGUCUGAGAUAUGGAAACAAGCGCUUACCUAAAAAUGGAGGAUUUACUAGUGUCCGCCACAUUGUUCCUGUAUACAGGAUAGAGGGGAGCAGUACUUGGGAGAACAAUUUUGUCAAAUGGAAAGGAACAUUUCGGUCCGACUGGUAGGACCGGUCAAAGUGCACCCAAAAUUUCUGCACGGACCAAACAGAAAUGGUCCGUUCCAUUUGAUUUCUAACCGAACCUUCCGGCAUUUUAGGCUUAAUGGGAAGCGCCCCAUAUGUCAACUCAGAACCUCUACGUCAGGCCACGGUUGUUCAAAGGUUGGAGAAAUAACUUUCCCGUGGAUAGUGCAAUUAGUUUCCCCCAAUAGCACUAUCCAACGUUUGAACAACCGGGGCCAGAUCGAAAGACUGUGCUAUUAUAUGUAACAUAUACCCUUUUAUUUCCUAGUUUGGGUUUAGUUUAGCAUCCAGUUUUGUGGACUGCCUGUCGUUCUUUACAUUCCUGCGGUUUUGCUCGGCUGCGGCAAUCACAGGCCUGUUUGUUGGUCAUUAUGUAUAUAUUCUGGAACUAGUUGGGGCUUCAUACCGAACUCUGGCAGGCAAAGUGCAGGAUAUCUUUUGGGUGUUAGGCGCUUGUAUCACGAUCAUGAUUGCGUACCUUGUACGGGACUGGAGACAUGUACUUCUUAUCGCCAGUUUUCCACCUGGACUCGUCUAUCUUUUGUGGAGGUAAGCAUGUAUAUAACUUAUGAGGGUUUCAAUAGGGUGGUGUCUUACACCUAACGUUUCACCUUUUGCGGGUUAGAAAGAUAUUAGCCCUUGGCCAGGUAUGGAAAAUCAAUCGACUAUAAGUUAGAAAUAUCCAGCCAGAUCAGUCGAUUCCUAAAUAGCUGAGCCCGACAGUUUCAAGAUGACCGGUCCGGCAGGUCAGUUCCGACUUUUGGCAAGCCCUUACUAACUUGAAAAUUGUCCCUUCCUGAUGGAACAAAUUAGAACUAGUUGACAUGUGGCCACCUGUAAAAUGUUUCAUAAUUUCGUGGGAUGCCAGUAUUGUUUGUCUUACUAGACUCCAAAAGAUUGGCUGAUAAAAGCCAUAAAAUCUAACUUUUCUCCCGAACUAUUAUUUUCAAGCCAGGAGUAUAUAUCACACCAGGGGCCAUACAGAAAACGUGCACAACAAUUCCUUUUUAAGGGCAAAUGCUGUUAAAAGUAUUGAGACCUUCCCCAGAUAUUAGUUAAACUGACAACCUUUCCCCCCCACCCCCUCAAUGUUGAAAUUCGAGCAAGAUGGGUGGAAGGGUCUUUCCAGCUGCCCCAAGUUCUUUUGACUUACGUUGCAGAAAAACAGGGCCAGCCUGCUCUGCUGGUAACGGCCACUAAAUUGCGUCCCAGCUGCCAGAAUAAUUACCUCUCCACUAUAGCCAUCCAGAAGCGACAAACUAUAUAGUAUCCAAACUGAUUUACUAACUAUCAUUUCUUUAUCUCAGGGUACAACGCGUACUUGAGUUUUGACUUCAUAUCAAGUCUUAAACAAGAAUAAUCUUUUCUACAAUUGUUUUCCUUUCACCUUGCUGACACAUUUGAUAUAAAUUUAGAGUGUUUCCAGAGUCUUUGCGGUGGCUGGUGGCUCAAGGCCGUUUAAAAGAUGCACAUGCCCUUCUUAAGACAUACGCUGAAAAGAGCUCUGUGAACGUGGACUCAGAUGCCCUCAGCUCCAUGCUGGAUAGAUGCAGAGCAGCGGAAAGCGAACUAAAGACUGGGAUCAAGAGAUCCCCGCUCGAUCUCGUGCGAACGUCGAGAAUGAGAAAAAGAACGGUGAUUCUGUGCUAUAACUGGUAAGCCUGUCUUGGUAUUGUAUUGUUUAUGCUGAUGUUUUGGCGUCUUAAAAAAAUCAUUCCUUGCUGGAAGAAAAAUCGCAAAAGCCAGUGCAAAACGCAUCAACAUCCCAAAAUGUGACGAGGCUGUGACGUGGAGUCACGAAUCUGUUUGAUCACAAAAUUGAUUCCCCUGCAGGACAGUCAGCAAUGAUUCUCCAAGAACAGAAAGGAAAAUUGGGUUGCUUAGUAUUGCGAAUUGCCGAAACAUCUGUAUGCUGCGAAAUGACUAAGCGCGAUGUAUCAGGAACAUUUACACUACGAAAUAAAACGGAAACGCUAAGCUUGCGGCCUUACCAAAUCUCAGUCCUAUGGUAAACAGUUAGUAGUAAAUGACUUUCUGAUCAUCUCGGGCCUUCACCCUUGUCUCAUCAGGCUUGUGCUGAACAUGAUUUUCUAUGGAAUCAUGUUGUAUGUUCCUGGUCUGGCUGGCAACCUCUACCUGAACCUGUUUUUGAUGUUCCUGACUGACUUGCCUCACACUCCAAUGGCAUGGAUUGUCUUCAGAUAGUACGUAUUCAUCUUGCAGUACUUAAAUGAUAGGAGAGCAACGGCGGCACAACGGAGAGAGCACUAGGCUCGGUCUCCAGCCGUGGGUGUCUCACGGGCCUAUUGAGCCCGCAUCGAGACAUCGACGGUUGCAGACCGAGCCCAUUACAGCACUUGCAUCUCCCUAAUGUGGCCCACGGUCGUAUCCUGAAGUGAGGGCGAGGCCAUUUCAAGUUCUUGUUUGAUCAGGGAUAGUUUUAGCCAGCAAAUAUAGCCGCCUCUCAUCGCUGCCUGCCGCCAGAGAUAUUCAACGAAAGGGUAUCUCACCAUGUCUCUAGCAGCGAGGUGAGUGGAGCGGCGGUGGUACUGACAGGCAACGGUAUGGCAGACAGAGUCAGCAGGUGGGAGAAACUAUUUUACGGGCUUGGGCCACACCCUGACCAUUUGUUGUGUCUAAAUAAGAUACCCACUUAAAAGGUUCUUGACGUGGUCAAUUUUUUUCUUACAACGACCUUUUCAAUCCAUAGAGACAGCUUUUCAUAAUGCGUGCGCAACCAUGCGCAAGAGUUUGUGUCUGUCAUGUUUUUUUUUGGUAUAGCAAAGCUUUGAAGUACCUGUUGCUACUGCAGCAUUGUACAUAGUUGAAGUGUUCAGAUUAGUCAUUGAGAUGCGUCCGUCAAAUCUAAGACACUAAUAAUGCUAAUCAAGUAAGAGCUAUGCAGAUUAGAAUUCAGAUUUUACAACUUAUGGACAAACUCAAAAAUUUUGCUCCUUAACUAUCUACCCGUAACUUGUCUGACCACACUUGAGGUUUAAAACGGUCGGCCUGACAAGAGAGCAGAAUCCUGGACAUAACUGAUUAUUUUGUGUUGAUUAAUAAUCUUUGUCCUUUUUCAGUUUCGGCCGCCGUGUCCCGUACUGCUUGUUCAUGGUAGCCAGUGGCCUCUCUUUUUUGCUUGUGCUUGCUGUCCCAGAAGGUUAGGGCAUGGAGCGAAGUACUUAAAUCUUACACCCAGCAUAGCAGUACAGCAAAUGUAGGAUGCUUUGCAUUUUGCCAAACCGACCGGUCAUAAAUCAGACGAACUACAAAACCAAUAGAUAAUGGAACGACAUUGCUCGUUUGAAACAAAAGUUUCUAACCGGGUCCGCGCGUUUUAGUUACGUUUCAAUCGAAUUUUUUCAGUAUUACUUCUCAGCAAAGUAGAACUGGAAACGGGAAUUUUUGGAGACCGACCAAUCAAAGUGAAACACUUCUGGGAUGAGCCACGUUUUUCGGUAAAUUUCCACUUGGACUGAAGAGUUCCGUUCAUAUUUUGACCAAAAUUUCCGAGAUUUUUUGGCACAACUGAUCGAAUUGCACCCGUAAUGUGAUAGAACAAUACUUGCUUUUAUUACAUCUUUUAUACAGGUAUGAAAAGACUCAUAACUGCUUUAGCGAUGAUUGGAAGAUUUUUUGGAUCAGCUUCUUUCUCCAACAUCUACCUGUACAGCACUGAACUGUAUCCGACCACUGUAAGGUAAGACACGCUCUACGUCUUAGCAACAAUAACUAUCACAUUCCAUCACAUAAGAGAGUGUAGCCAUUGUCUAUAGACGUUAAACGUCAAACACUCUGGCUGCCAAUUAGGUGUGGUCGGUGCAGCCAAAUCGUCGAAAGUGCUUUGUAAAUGAAAUGAUCGGAGUGAGGAAAAUUGAAAGAGCCCUAUAAGACAGAUGAGAAAUUCUUUGCAGUACUACGGCCGGAAUUUGGAGUAAGCCGUGUGGAAGUGACCCGUUCUCUGGCAAUGAUUUCAACACCUACAACUACAACAUGGAUGAAAUUCUGGUAAACCUAUGGUAUUGAACGGUAGGCGAUGAUGAUCGUCCGAGUAUAGAAAACUUACAUCUAUAUUUUCUUUAGUUAUCUUCCGUCUUAUUCUAAAUAACACUAGGUUGUGAACUAGAACCAUUCAUUGUGUCAAGAUGUUGCGACUUGUUUAAGGUUUCAUUUUACUUUCAGGAAUAUGGCACUUGGUGCAUGCUCCACGUUUUCCCGUAUAGGAGGAAUGGUGGUUCCGUUUCUUAUUGCAUUGGUAAGUUGCUUUAUAUUCUAAAGGUCAUGCAGUCCUAAAUAUUAAUUCGCACCAACCACAUAUCUACCAGUUAACAUACCUAUUUUGAUAUGAAAGUGAACACGAUCUUCGCAGUAGAAUGAACAACCUAAGCUGUUGAAAAAGAACCUGAAAAAAUUCAGGCUUGACCGGGAAUCACACUCUGAUCUUUUCAAUUGCUCAGACGCAACCCUUUAUCCAUUGCAGUGGUGGAUCCAGGGGAGGAGCCCGGGGGGCCCGUCCCCCCUCCCCUCAUCUCAGGGUUUGGACCACCGGUCCGUCCCCUUUUUUAUCGGAAGGUCUGGAUCCGCUACUGCAUUGAGCUAAUCAACCCAACUGGAGAGCAAGCCAGUCUGAGUUCUAGUCGGCUCGAUUAGCUAAAUGGAUAGAGAAGAUCAUGUUCACUGUCAUCUCUUUAUUCGCGGUUCAAAAUACCAUUCAUUUCAUAUAUCUCAAUUCAUACCAAUUUUGAAUUACGAAACAGACUGGAAAGUCAAUCUAUUGAGUUGUUGUAAUUGUGAAUUUUGUUUGUCUGUCGUCUAUAGGGUCAAUCUCCUAGCGUGCCUAUCACCCUGCCUCUGAUUAUCAUUGGUGUCAUGACACUCAUUGCUGGUAUUAUGUCCCUGUGGUUGCCCGAGACCCUGUUGUCAAACAUGUAUGAGACUGUAGAAGACGUUGAGACGUCCAUAGAAAAUUAUGGUAUCAUUUGGAUGGGGAGGCCACAACCAUGUCCAUUACGCCUGCCGUUCUGCGGGUGAGAACGUUUCCUCAAUAAUAGUCUUGAAUCUAGUGCUAAUGAGAAACUAGAAGUCCAUCGUACUGGAAAAAGCAGUGGGGAAGGGUGUGUGGGUGAUCUGCAUAAUCUGAUCAGGGGUAGCAAGAGUGGCGCAGACUGGUGAGAACACUCGUCUUCCAUCAAUGUAGCCACCCUACUGGAAAGAGCAGUGGGGAAGGGUGUCGGGAAAAAUCUGCAUAAUCUGAUCAGGGGUAGAAAGAGUGGCGCAGUGGUGAGACCACUCGCCUCCCAUCAAUGUAGCCAUCCUACUAGAAAGAGCAGUGGGGAGGGGUGUGGGGAGUGAUCCGGCAUAAUCUGAUCGGGGGCAGCAAAAGUGUUGCAGACUAGUGAGAGCACUCGCCUCCCAUCAAUGUAACCAUCCUACUGGGAACAGCAGUGGGGACGGGUGUGGGGAGUCAUCUGCAUAAUCUGAUCGGGAGCAGCAAGAGUGGCGCAGACUGGUGAGAGAACUCGCCUACCAUCAAUGUAGCCAUCCGACUGAAGAGAGCAGUGGGGAGAGUGAGGGGCUAUCUGCUUAAUCAGAUCAGGGGGAGCAAGAGUGGUGCAGUGGUGCAAGCACUUCGCUCCCAUCAAUGUAGCCAUCCUACUGGAAAGAGCAGCAGGGAAGGGGGGGUGGUGGUGAGGGGCUAUCUGCAUAAUCAGAUCAGGGCGGGGGGCAAGAGCGGCGCAGUGAUAUAGGUACUUGCUCCCAUCAAUAUGGCCCGGGUUCAGAUUCCAACGUCGACGCCAUAUAUUGGUUGAGUUUCUUGUUGCUUCUCUCCCUUGCUCCGAGAAGAUUUUUCUCCUGGUAGUUCGGUUUUCUCCUCUCCUCAAAAACCAACAAUGACAGACUCUUAUUCGAUUUGGAACGCACGGACACGUUCAAACGAGUUCUUAAGAACUCCUAAGUACUCUGGGGGUAAACACAUUACAACCUUCAAAUUACAAUUCCGGUGAUUUAGCUAGAAACAAAACAAAACAAAUACCUGUUUUCGGCCGAAAUAAAGCCCCCGGAGAAACAAUAGAUAUUCAGGGGAAUUGCUAAGUGGCACUGAAGACAGAAAAAAGUUCGGCGAUAGACGCCAUGAGGAUUUCGCUUUUCCGACGCAAUUAUAUUAUCGUCGUAGAGCAGUCCUUUUUGUCAAAGAUUCUCAGUUGCAAGUUUUAAAAUACCACACCCGAAACAGUUGCAACAAAUAUCAGAAGUAUUGUGAUCACCCCAAAGCUAUCUAUGGACAAAAGUUAGUCUCAGUCAUAGAAAGAGUUAGCUUCAUAUCAAGGAAGACCAAAUGACAAGUCUUAGGGCCCUUUCCAUAUGUCAGAACUGAUCAUGACUCGCUUAGACCAUUCCCAUCGUAAUGAGAGCAUUUCACUCUUAAUCAAAACUGUUUAGCCUGAGAUCAAUCAAAUUCUUAAUAGUAUGCACGAAGGGGAUGAUCUUUCAGCCAACUUUCUCGGUAAAAGCCCAUUUUAUUUUCAAAAUGACUGGUCUGGCCGGCCAGUUCUAACAAAUGGAAAGCGCCCUUACCCAUGUUGAAUCAUUUGUUCUAGGCCUGUAGAUUUUGAAGUACUUGAACUGAUAGCUUUAGGAUGGGAUUUCGUUCAUUUUGACAGCUCAACUAAACAUGCGUCUGCUUUCUAUUAAUAGCUGUAAAGAUGCCGACGCACCCAAAAAGGAAAUGUACGUUUUAGCGGAGCAUUCCAGGAACAACCGUGUAAACGACGUAGAGAAGGCGAAUGAGACUUCUCCCAAAACUAGCUCAGAAAAUGAAACUGUCGCUGACGUUUCUAAUAAUGCGUAGAGCCUCUGUGUCACGAGUACAACGGUACAUUUUAUACAAUCGCAACGUUUUCAGACAUGGACAUUUAUCUCCUAUUUAUUCUAGCCAGCAGAAAUAAAGGGCAGCGGACCAUUUGACGUUUGAGGGGGGGGGGGGGAAAUUUUUUUUGCCCGAAACCUCUGGUGACAGAAUGUUUUUCGCUGACAUACAAAGCCAUUGUGUGGCUGGUAUUUCUUUGCAAGAGUUUCUUUUUGCUCGAAAUCAGUCUGCAGAAUAUUGUUUUCUUAAACACCCAUACCCCCCUCCCUUCAAAAGUCAAAUGGCUGGCCCCUAACAGAACAAUUCAGCAGCUUUUGAAACUCAGUUUUUGUGUUCGUUCGAUCGUCAUCGAUGACUUUCAGCAACCUGCAUGUUGCAAAUAACGUAAGCAACAUGCUAAAAGCGGCUUUUGCCUUUGCUUGAAGGGCUGUAGUCCAGUUUUGGCCAUCUCUAGCUUCUUUGCUAGGCAAUCAUUAUUGCGUAGUUAUCUUUGUACUGACGCGUUUAAUGUUUCACAAGUGUUGAGCGCUUCUGAUAGUGACAAACAGCGAAAAAAUUCCCUAAAUUUAUUACACAUUAAUUUCAACAUAUCUUUAUCAGCUUUGCGCCAGUUUUGGAAAGGCCAUCAACUGUGAUUUACUUUGCUCUACGUAGAAGAGUAUAGUACCUCGCCUUCCUCUGGGAGAAGGCAGCGUUGUCUGACAGAAACAGGAAUUAAAAAGGAAUCAACGCACAUCAAAGCACUUGCUUGGCUUUGGUUCCUCGGUCACGAUCAGGGCAUUUGUUUUGCAAAUUACUGCCAUCACAUUGUAUGAUUAUGACGAUGAAGUUGCAUUUUUACCAUUUGAGUAUUUUUUUAAUCCUAGACUGCAAAACAGUGCGUAUUUUUUCCUAGGCUAAGAACUCGCGCGCACGAGCGGUCAAAGAAAAGGUCUGGAGUGAGGUGAAACUAAGGUGUUUUUGGCUACACACGCUCUACGGGCGUUAGCGCAAAAACUUCGCGCCUUGUAAAACCGAUUUGAGGAGAAACAACAACGACUGUUUUACAGUCUAGUUUUGUUCUUUUGGGUUAGUGGAAAUGUUACG